AUGCGCAUGCGCCUUGGGUGGAGGAAAAUGGCGGCGCGAAAGGAGUGUGCUGCUUCCAUUCGGCUGGCUGAAUGCGGCGCCGACGCCCACCCAGCGCUUUCAGCGCGAUUUUUUGUGGCGUUUCCCGAUCACUGCUCAGUUGGGUUUUCCCUCAGGCUGAGGCAGCCAAACUGUUCCUUGGGCUUCACCAGGGCCACAGAAUUCUACCAGCAAUGGCCAGAGAUCAUCCAGAUCACCACUGGCUCCAAAGAGCUGGACAGGCUGCUUCAAGGAGAAAUAGAAACAGGAUCCAUAACAGAGUUAUUCAGGGAAUUCCAUACUGGGAAGAAGCAGCUGUAUCCCAGCCUGGCAGUCACUGGUCAGCUCCCCAUAGACCACGGGGGCAGCGAGGGAAAAGCCACAUCCAAGGGCACAGAGGGGACCUUCCAUCCAGAGCAGCUCCUGGCCAUGGCUGAAAGGAAUGGCCUCUGCCAGGGCUUUAACAGCAACUGCCAGGCCCAGCUGCUGGAUCAGGCUAAAGACUGAAAACUCCUUUUCUUGCCCUGCAUCCCCAGGGAUGCUCUGUGUCCCUGUGUCUCCUUUCCUGUGGCACCAAAGGGAUGCUCCCG